AUCUUCUCACAAAUGCGACUUUUGGUCAUGCGAAAUCCUACUAAAUUUUUACUAAAAAAGACUUUUGGAUAGACUAGACGAAAUAUGGAAAGAAAAUAAAAUCUUAAUUUCUUCUACUCAAGAAAUAAAUAGCGCCAAUUUCGAGAAACAGACCUGCGUUUUUGUAGAAAAUAUAAAGUUUUAAACUUAGGAGCAAAGAUUUCCUUCUUUUGUCUUUUUUUAUUUUUUUAAUGUUUUAUUAGAGAUAAUAUAUCUGAAAACCUGUAAAUGUACUACAGCAAAUUGCAGGUUUUGUUUAUGCUGCUGAUCACUGAGAGAGAUUUGAAAAUAAAUAAAUAAAGAAAUAAAUUUCAAGUAUCGAAUUGUAUUUGUUAGUAUGUGCUACUGUUCAGCUGUGGCCGGUUCUGAUUCUACGACAGUGUGCAGCUUUAUUGGUUUCUGGGUUCUAAAGUUAAAAUAUAAAAAAAAUCUCUCUGGAUUCUCUCUUGGAUACUUCUUUCUAUACUCAGUUUUGUGGCAACUGAAUAUGGCUCUGCGAUUUUGAAGUCCCACUUGUAUGUUAGCUGGAGCUCUUUAGCUUGGGAAGUCGAAUCAGUUCAGCGCUGCCUCUGGAGAGAGAGAGAGAGCUGUGAAAGUUUAAUUUGGAAUUUUAGGGGCCGAAUGAAGCCUGGAAAAUGGCGAGGAAGUGCAUUUUUUCUACUAGCCUUCAUGUUUUAUGAUGUGUCAGGUGCAUUCAUAGGGAUAAACAUUGGCACUGAUGUCACCAGUUUGCCAUCUGCUGCGGAAGUGGUUGCAAUUCUUAAAGCUCAUCAAAUAACUCAUGUCCGUUUCUAUGAUGCGAACCAUCAAAUGCUGAGUGCUCUUGCAGGGACUGGUAUUGAAGUCAUGGUGGGGGUCACUAAUGAAGAGGUGCUAGGGAUUGGAGAAUCACCAUCAGUUGCAGCAGCCUGGGUCAAUAAGAAUAUUGCAGCCUAUGUGCCACAAACCAAUAUCACAGCCAUUGCUGUUGGCAGUGAGGUGCUGACUUCAAUACCCAAUGCUGCUCCCAUACUGGUUCCAGCCAUGAACUACCUUCAUAAUGCUCUGGUGGCUUCAAAUCUCAAUUUCCAGGUCAAAGUUUCAAGCCCACAGUCCAUGGACAUAAUUCCUAGGCCUUUCCCCCCGUCCACUGCCACCUUCAAUUCCACAUGGAACUCCACCAUGUACCGGUUCCUCCAGUUUUUGAAGAACACAGGAUCCUUUUAUAUGUUAAAUGCAUACCCUUAUUAUGGUUACACUAAAGGGAAUGGCAUCUUUCCAAUUGAUUAUGCUCUUUUUAGGCCUCUUUCUCCAACCAAACAAAUUGUUGACCCCAAUACUCUUUUCCACUACACCAGCAUGUUUGACUCCAUGGUUGAUGCAACCUAUUUCUCUAUGGAUGCACUCAACUUUUCUGGGAUUCCUGUCCUAGUGACAGAAUCAGGCUGGCCGUCUCUAGGUGGAGCCAAUGAAUCUGAUGCAACUCUUGCGAAUGCACAGACAUACAACAACAACUUGAUCCGCCGAGUGCUCAAUGAUUCAGGUCCUCCUAGUCAGCCAACUAUUCCUAUCAACACAUACAUUUAUGAGAUGUUCAAUGAAGACAAACGGCCAGGGCCCACAUCUGAGAAAAAUUGGGGAACGUUUUUCACGAAUGGGACAACUGUGUAUCCUCUGACUCUGGGUUCUUCAUCUCAACUUACUGGGAACUCUUCAGGUGUUGGGGUGUUCUGUGUGGCAAAACAAGGUGCAGAUUCUGAUGCAUUGCAGGCUGGUCUGAACUGGGCUUGUGGACAAGGACAGGCUAAUUGCAAUGCUAUUCAAGAGGGGAAACCAUGCUAUAAUCCUGACACUCUCCAGAACCAUGCCUCUUAUGCUUAUAAUGAUUAUUUUCACAAAAUGCAGAGUGUUGGUGGGACUUGCGAUUUUGGUGGUACAGCCACCAUUACCAAUGUUGAUCCCAGCUAUGCAUCGUGUAUUUUUUCUGGAAGUUCUAGUUCAAACACUACUGGAGGAACAACCCCAUCUGCACUUGGACCCACAAGCAACAUUGAUGCCGGUUCAACUUCAACCCUGCGAGUUUCCAAGAUUCUAUAUCCAAUCCUUGCAAUCCUUCUCUCUCUCUUCUGAUUGCAGAGUACAUAUUUCCGAUUUUUGCACCAGCUUUGAUCAAAUUUGAAACAGUGCUGUGGAGAUGAGGUGUUGUAAAGAGCGAAGAAAGAGAUGUAAUUUACUUGGCCCAAGAACACUCAACCAUGGUUGAAUGUUCAUUCUUUUGUUUUUCAUUCUCCGUUGAUCAUUCUUUCCCCCCUGGUUUCUCUUGUAUACUCAUUGGUACAAUUUAUUAAACCUUGCCAUGAUUAUUUAGCAACUUACUCAAA